AAAAUCUCCCCUGACCACCAACCAUAAAAAACGUGACCAAGGCAGCGGCGGCCAACACGACCAACACCUUCACAUAAACAACACCUGUUGCCGUGUCAACAACUGCUCCUCCUCCUCCUCAUAGCUGCUCCAACCAGACAACGAUGGAUGAAGAGGUGAAAGCCAGCAUGCACAAGCACCGUCGCACCACCUUGGAACGCAUAGAAAAGUACGUCUCUGACCACCACUUUGAAGAUGUAAACCUGUAUGGAAAGCUUUAUCCAUUUUCUAAGGAGAUUGACUACUUAUCUCACUGGUGUGUCCCUGGUGGAGAGGGUACAUGGGAGCAGUGGUCAUUUGAGCGGGUGAUCACUCAGGAUUUUCAACCUGUUACGAUUGGGGAAUCGUACGGGCCCUUGUGGAGCACUCACUGGUUUAAGAUUGAAGUAACCAUACCUGAAUCUUGGAAGGGACAACAGACUUGGUUGUUAUGGAAUAGCGAAGCAGAGGCAAUGCUGUGGAGUAUGAAUGGUGAACCAUUGCAGGGUUUAUCACCUGGUGGGGGAGGCCUUCCAAAUCAGAAGAGAGCUGAUUACCCAAUCAGCCGCUGUUGGAACGGCUCCAAGGAAACACUUGUGUACUACAUUGAGAUGUCCUGUAAUAAUAUGUUCGGUGCUGGAAAAAAAGGCUUGAUCUGUAAGUGUGUGUAUAUUUUGUCUCUGACACUCUAUUGGUUCAUGAACACAUUGAAGGUCCUCAUAUGCCACAACCGGCUUGUUUGCCAGUACAUGCGCAUUGUUGGGAGUCGUGCAAUACCCAUCAAGAUUGAUAAAGCCAAAUACCUUGCCAUUUCCUUCGCAGAUACCUCCUUCCACAACCUCAUAAUUGUGAAGAAGGAUUUUAGUUUAGCUAGCAAGAUUGCAGAUACGUUUUUCUCAAAUGGUAAUGGUGCCAGGGCCCACACACUGGCACUCAUUGGCAAUUGCCACAUUGACUCUGCAUGGCUGUGGCCCUAUUCUGAGGCAAAGAGGAAGUGUGCUCGGUCCUGGGUAUCAACUUUGGCUCUAAUAGAAGAGUAUCCUGAAAUGAAAUUUGCCUGUUCGCAGGCUCAGCAAUUUUCAUGGAUUAAGAAUCAUUAUCCAGCAGUAUUUAAGAAGAUCCAAUCUCAAGUUUCAGCAGGGAGCUUCAUUCCGGUUGGUGGAACCUGGGUUGAAAUGGAUGGCUUGAUCCCUAGUGGGGAAUCAUUUAUGCGCCAAUUCCUGUAUGGACAGUUGUUCUUCCAAAAGGAGUUUGGAAUCCUGUGCAAAGAAUUUUGGCUGCCUGACACUUUUGGCUAUUCUGCCCAGUUCCCUCAGAUAUGUAAGCAAUUUAGCAUUGACUACUUUUUAACACAGAAGUUGAGUUGGAGUCUGGUAAAUAAAUUCCCUCACCACAACUUCCUGUGGGAGGGACUCGAUGGCACCACUGUCCUCGCUCACUUUCCUCCUGGCGACUCCUACGAGAUGAAUGUCAAAGUUGGAGAAGCUAUGCGGAGUGUCAAGAACCUUCAAGAUAAGGGUCGGGUUAGCACUUCAGCCUUCUUGUACGGAUAUGGUGAUGGUGGAGGCGGACCAACCAGGGAGAUGCUGGAGCGUGCACAUAGGUUGAAGGAUGUGGAUGGCUGUCCAAGGAUGGAGCACAUGUCUCCCAGUAGUUUCUUUGAGCAUCUUGAGGCUGAAAAACAGAAUCUGUGUUGCUGGGUCGGUGAGCUGUUCCUCGAGCUUCAUAAUGGCACUUACACUUCACAGGCCAAUACAAAGCGUCAAAAUCGUGAAUGUGAGUUUGCAUUAAGAGAUGCAGAAAUGAUGCUUGCAUUUGCCGCUGUUGGUAAAUUACUGAAUGAGGAGACACUCCAUGUCUACCAAGAAUCCAUGGUGGAUGCUUGGAAAAAGAUCCUUUUGAAUCAGUUCCAUGAUGUCCUUCCUGGCUCCAGCAUCGGCUCUGUGUACCAUGACUCAGACGUCUUGUUCCAGGAAGCUUUGACUCGUGCUCUUGAGGUUAAAGAGGCUUGUGCAGCACUCGUUUUGCAAAAUACACCAGAAGCCAGACAGGGAGAUAUGGUUGUGGUGAACACAUUACCAUGGAAGGUUCAGCAGGUUCUUAUUCUCAAGGAUGAGGCUCGUGAACCAAAGAGGAAGCGAAUGUGUGUGGAAGGAGAGGUUGUUCAACUUGCAAGUACUGGAGGGUAUUAUGUUGCACUGGAAGCACAGGGUAUUGGCUGGACAAAGCUUUCACCUGUUUGUCCUACACCUGUGACUGUUCGUAUCAUCCACGGCAAUUUUAUUCUUGAAAAUAGUCUCAUCAGAGCCGAGAUUACCAAGUAUGGUCAAGUUAUCAGCUUGACCUCGGCAUCAGACCCGGCUCGUGAUGUCUUCAGGAAGCGUGAUGGUACGCAGUACUAUGGCAACCAACUGAUGAUAUACGACGACAUUCCUUUGUAUUGGGACGCCUGGGACACUAUGGACUAUCACUUGGAAACUGCUAAGGUCCUCAAUGAUGAAAAUAGUGGAUGCCCAUUGACAGAGAUGAAGGUUAUAGAGAGUGGACCACUUGUCGUGAAGCUUCAUUGGGAAGUGAUAAUAAGUAAUACCUCUUCCCUUUCUCAAGAUAUUGAGUUGUCUGCCGUUAGCCCUCAUCUCACUUUCCACAACUGUGUGAGCUGGCACGAGAAUCGCAAAUUUCUUAAGGUGGCAUUUAACACUGGUAUCUUGGCAAGGACAGCUACUUUCGAUACCCAGUUUGGUUACAUUGAGCGUCCGACUCAUACAAAUACCUCGUGGGAAGCGGCAAAGUUUGAAGUCUGUGGUCACAAGUGGGCUGACCUCUCCGAACAUGACUUUGGCAUGUCGGUUAUAAAUGACAGUAAGUAUGGAUGGUCGGCACGAGGAGGAAGCCUCACGUUGUCCCUCUUGCGCUCUCCCAAAGCGCCUGAUGAGCACUGUGACAUGGGAAGCCACAACUUCAAAUAUGCCCUGAUGCCGCACAAAGGUUCUCUACAAAGUGCUGGCAUUCAGCAGAAAGCUUACGAGUUCAACAAUAAAUUGAUGAUUUCAAGUUCUUCUUUAAGUGAGGACAGGUAUAUCUGGUACAGUUUGGUUGGAGAUGGAGCUAUGAUUGAAGCCGUGAAGUUGGCGGAGGACAAGUCUGGCGACGUUAUAGUACGCCUGUAUGAGAUGGGAGGCGGGAGCCCUAAAGUCUUGUUGAAAUUUCCUUCAGCACCAAGACCCAGGAGUGCUUGCCUUUGCUCAGGACUUGAGGAACCAUACAAGGAGCUCUCCAUUAGUGUUGAGGAAGCAGACACACAUCUAUAUAUUGAACUUAAUUUCUCACCAUUCAAGAUUCUCAAUGUACGGAUCAGCUAUGGUUCAGUUCAAAGUUGAUGUGUGUGCAUCUAUGCUCAUAGCUGAAAUGGUCCUCACUGGUCUAAUUCCGUGAGAUUCUAAUUCUAAAUCAACUCCUAACGUGAUCAAGCACAAGUAUUCAUUCUUUGCCAAUUUAAAAUAUAUUAUAUCAAUAUACUGUGCACUGUUAGGAUGGCAACAAAGUUUAACCACUGCACUGUGCAGAGUGCCUUGUGACACUGGAUAGAGGGUGCGCAGAGCACCAUGUGGCGUUUGUAGGUAUAGAGAGCGAUUCAAAACUCCUGCAGGUACAAGGGGGUUUCGUUUGUUUUCUUUUGGGUAGUUAUAUUUCUCUGCUGUGUCUUGGAUUUUUACAGUUUCUACCAUGUGGGGAUUGUUUUGAGAUGCCUACCUUUCUGGGUGCCUAACCCUGGUUGAUGGUAGACUAGGAAUAACCCCCAUAUACAAGGGGGUCUCCUUAAGCCAUUGCUCCCUGUGCCUCUGAGAGGGUCAGGUUCCGGCUCUGGUCCUCAAUAGGCAGGACUCCAUUGACUGAAGCCCCAGACUAAUAUAGUGUGUAUCAGUCCUAUGGCUCCAGGGAGCCUUCAGUGCUCACCCAGAAAAUGGCGUUCGUAGCCUCACCAACCUUGCCACAGUAGUGGUAGUCUCACCAACCUUCCCACAGUAGUGGUAGCUUCACCAACCUUGCUACAGUAUAGUGGUAGCCUCACCAACCUUGCCACAGUAUAGUGGUAGUCUCACCAACCUUGCCACAGUAUAGUGGUAGCCUCACCAACCUUGCCACAGUAUAGUGGUAGUCUCACCAUCCUUGCUACAGUAUAGUGGUAGCCUCACCAACCUUGCCACAGUAUAGUGGUAGCUUCACCAACCUUGCUACAGUAUAGUGGUAGCCUCACCAACCUUGCCACAGUAUAGUGGUAGUCUCACCAACCUUGCCACAGUAUAGUGGUAGCCUCACCAACCUUGCCACAGUAUAGUGGUAGUCUCACCAUCCUUGCUACAGUAUAGUGGUAGCCUCACCAACCUUGCCACAGUAUAGUGGUAGUCUCACCAACCUUGCCACAGUAUAGUGGUAGUCUCACCAUCCUUGCCACAGUAUAGUGGUAGCCUCACCAACCUGAUCUGAAUUGGUUCGUAGUCUGGGUGCUGGCCUCUUUUAGUUGGCCAUCUCUUGUCCAUGGGUUUGUAGAUGGCUCUCCUGGUUUCUAAUGAUUGGUUCUCUUCCACCAUCUAACUAUCGUUGGUUGGGGGCCUUUUCUGCUUUGGCUGUGAUUUUAGGGUUCUUUGUCACCGACUCUUAUCCAGGCUCGAAUUUUUAGGCAUUCCAACAGAUUUAUGGCUUCCCACUACUUGAGUGUUGUUCUGCUUCCUUGCUGUGCCUGUGUGGUGUUUGGGUGUUUGGCAUGCAGCUUAGGUUCCUCCACCCCUGGGGCAGUGGGGCCAUUGAUCCCCUGGAAGUUCCACAUGGUAGGUAGACCCCCUGGCCUUGCUCUUGUUAUAAUUUUCCUUGCAGAAGCCCUUCCCCACCUAUUCUCUUAGUACUGAUGUCAUUUGUCCUCUCAGAAAAAUGGGUCUUCCUUUGGUGAUGUACCAUUGGUAAAAAGCUGCGGGGAGUUGCCAAGAAGGCCUACAAGAAAUCAAAUGUUGAAUAUAAUAAAAUUACCUUUUCUGGUGAGUCCUCUAGCUCCCUAUUCUUAGUCCUUUCCCCAGUGGAAUGUUUGGGGGAUGGGUUCUGGCACCUUGUGAAUGAGGCAGGUGGCUGGCCAGGACCUCAGCUGACCUGGACCAAUAUCUGGUUGCAACAAGGUUAGUGCUAUAUGUUCAUGGCAAUAGUUGUUUACCUUAUUUGCCUUGUAAUUUCUUUCUUCGGGCAGCAGUUUAUUUGUUUCCCAUCUCUGGUUGAUUUUCGUGGGCUUGGGUCCCCAAGUCCCGAAGUUCUCCUUGCUUGUGGAGAGAGGUAGGUUCUGGUCCUGGCUCCCAGUAGGUCAGUGUAGGUCUUGGAGGCCUUAUAGUACUUCUAAAGGCUUGGCUUCACCAAAGCACAAGAUAUAGAGAUAAGAGAAUUUCAUUGCAUCCAUUGACUGCAUAAUUGCUAUAGAGCACUAGCCUCUUCAUGUUUGUUAGAUGUGAUAAAGCCCUCAGAUGCAAAAUUUGAUCUGCAGAAAAAGUGUACAGUACUUUGUUCUUGGUGCUUCUUAAUAAUAUUUGAUAUACUUGGGAUCGAUUUGUAUUUUUUGGUAGCAUUAUUAUUUUAAUAGAAUUUGGAAGAUAACUCCAAUUAACAUGGUAGACUUGUUUGUCUUCUACAAUAAGGUACCUAAAGGAAUUGUUACAAGUUGGCAGUAAAUAAAGAAGAGUA